UGCGAGUCCGGCGCCUUCUGUCUCCGGGUGGCAGCAGCGACCAAUGGGAGAGCAGGCCGUGCGUGUAUCCAGGCGGAUCGCGGCUGCUACAACCAUUCAGAAAAAGGAAAAUAAAGCAACUGACGAGCCGGCGGGGCCAGGACCGUGGGGCUGGGCUGAAGUGAAGGUGGCUGCGAGUUUUCCAGACUUAGGAGACUUCAGAAAGGUAGGGCGGAUAGAAGGGAGAUGGCAAAGAUCUCGUUGGGUAUAGAUGGGCCGGGCGAAGAAAUGAAAUAAUUUUUAAUUUUUGGAGAAGCCCUCAUGCCGGGAUGGCAGAAGAUGAGCCUGAUACUAAGAACCCCAAGACUGGGGGAAGGGCCCCCCCAGGUGGUGCUGAGGCCGGGGAACCUACCACCCUUCUUCAAAGGCUCCGAGGUACCAUUUCCAAGGCGGUGCAGAACAAAGUAGAGGGAAUCCUGCAAGAUGUACAGAAAUUCUCAGACAACGACAAGCUGUAUCUCUACCUUCAGCUCCCCUCAGGUCCCACCACUGGAGACAAAAGCUCAGAGCCAAGUAUACUCAUCAAUGAGGAGUACAUAUAUGCCUACAGGUGGAUCCGCAACCACCUAGAAGAGCACACUGACACCUGUCUGCCAAAGCAAAGCGUCUAUGAUGCCUAUCGGAAGUACUGUGAGAGUCUCGCCUGUUGCCGCCCGCUUAGCACAGCCAACUUUGGCAAAAUCAUCAGAGAGAUCUUCCCCGACAUCAAAGCGCGAAGGCUUGGUGGCCGGGGCCAGUCCAAAUACUGCUACAGUGGCAUACGAAGGAAGACCUUGGUAUCUAUGCCACCCCUGCCUGGACUUGACCUAAAGGGUUCUGAGAGUCCAGAAAUGGGCCCAGAAGUAACCCCAGCGCCUCGGGAUGAGCUGGUAGAGGCAGCCUGUGCCCUGACCUGUGACUGGGCAGAGCAAAUCCUGAAACGGUCCUUCAGUUCCAUCGUUGAGGUCGCCCGCUUCCUGCUACAGCAGCAUCUCAUCUCUGCCCGAUCUGCGCACGCCCAUGUGCUUAAGGCCAUGGGGCUUGCUGAAGAGGAUGAACAUGUACCUCGGGAACGGUCCUCUAAAUCCAAGAAUGGUGUAGAGAAUGUAGAGGCUGGAGCCCAGAAGAAACCGGAGAGACCGGCCCAGCCUCCUAAGGAUCUGGAAGCCCGGACUGGGGCUGGCCCUCCAGUACGUGGAGAGCGGAAGAAGAGUGUAGUUGAGAGCUCGGCCCUGGCAGCCAAUAGCCCGCAGGUUAACGCCCUAAUGGCCCGGCUGCCUCUGCUCCUUCCUCGGGCCCCUCGCUCACUCAUUCCACCAAUCCCAGUCUCUCCACCCAUGCUGGCCCCCAAGCUUCCUUCAGGUCCCCUGAAAGUGGCUACACUGCCUCUGUCCAGUAGGGCUGGGGCACCCCAGGCAGCUGUGCCCAUCAUUAACAUGAUCUUACCAACUGUUCCUGCUUUUCCUGCGCCUGGGCCUGGGCCUGGACCAGCUCCACCUGGGGGGCGCACUCAGUCCCGGGGCACAGAGAACAGGGAGGUGGGCAUAAGUGGUGACCCAGGAUCCCAUGAUAAGGGUGUUAAGAGGACAGCUGAAGUACCUGUGAGUGAGGCCAGUGGGCAGGACCCACCAGCUAAAGCAGCAAAGCAGGAUACCGAGGAUACAGCAAAUGAAGCCAAAAGAAAACGAGGGCGCCCUCGAAAAAAGUCAGGGGGAAGCGGGGAAAGGAAUUCUACCCCUGAGAAAUCAGCCACUGCCAUGGAUUCUGCCCAGUCAUCAAGGUUACCAUGGGAGACGUGGGGCUCUCAAGGGGAAAGCAACUCAGCUGGAGGGUCAGAGAGGCCAGGGCCAGUGGGAGAGGCUGAGAAGGGGACAGUGCUUGUCCAAGGUCAGGAAGAUGGUGCUGUUUCCAAAGGAGGAAGGGCCCCCAGUUCCCGACAUGCCAAAGCAGCAGAAGAAAAAAUUCCCCUUGUCACCCCAAAAGUAAGUGUCAUCAAGGGCAGCAGAAGUCAAAAGGAGGCUUUUCAGUUGGCAAAGGGAGAGGUAGGCACUGCAGCGCAGGGUAAUAAAGAUUUAAAGGGGCAUGUACUCCAUAGUACCUUAUCCCAUGAGUGUAAAGACCCCAAAACAACACCCCCAUGAGAGCUCUGCAGAAAAGAGUGUGUCCAUCUGCUAACUACCUGUCUGCCUACUAGAGGCCCUUCUCUGCACUUGCUUCUCAACUGGCUGUUCUUUUCCUAAGGAAGUCUAUUCUCUGUACAGACAGCUGAGUCUCCCAGGCUUAAAUAGUGCCUGGCUGUUACCGCUGAUCUUUCUAGCUUGCUACCUUUGGCUUUAGUGUAACCAAUAAAUCUGUAGUGACUUUCUUACCUGGAUCCCUGUGCUAUCCUGUGGAAAGAUAGGGAUGGGGUAAGUAUGAUGCAUAUAUAGGUUAGGGAUUUUUUGGUUGUAAACCAUAGAAAACCUAACUCAAACUGGCUUAAAAAGGGUUUAUUGGCUUAUAUAACUGGAAAGUACAGAGGUAGUGCUGGCUCCAGGUGAAGCUUGAUCCAGUGGCUCAAUAUGUCUAAAUAACUGAUGAAUUUUUUUUCUGUUUCACCUUCUGUAGGAUCAUCUUAAGCCUGAGCCACUUAUGGCUGCCAGCAUUCCUAGGAUUACAUGCUUCCCCGUUUAUGUCCAGCCAGAAAGAGAGUACCUUUGUGCCAGGAGUCUUAGCAAAAACCCUAAGAUUCACUCUGAUUAGGCAGCCUGGGUCACAUGUCCACUUCUGACUAAUCACUGUGACCAGGAGGAAGGCAUAUACUAAUUUGCUUAUUCUAUAUCAUGAACUACACCUUUGGGGAAGCCUGCUCAGAAUCACAUAGAUUCCCCAACUGGAAACUGGGAUGGGCAGUUGCAGGGAGCUGAUAACCCGCUUCUUUUUGUCAGUCUUGCAUUCCCUUACUGCAAGCUGUAACCUCUUGUUCUAGUCUCAGAAGGAAGGAGAGAGAAGUCACCCUCCUGUAGGGGCUCUCUCUUCAGUCUCAGAGAUGGCAAUCCCUUUUCCCCCACCUACAUCUCAGAGAUGGAGCUCUUUCCUUUUCCUGUUGCUUAAUUUUCAUUUUCUACUCAUUCCUCCUUCCCUACCCCUCACUCUGUUCCACCUUACCAACUAGAGGGGGAAAAUUUACUUCUAGUCAUUUCUUUAAGUCCAUUCUGCACCCACCAGGUGGCAGUCUCUUGUCAUACAUGUGUCAGGACUUAGCCAGGAUGGUGGGGCGCAGGAUAGGUGUAUGGAAGGAAGUCGUUCUGCAUGUUGGGGCGCACCAGUGGGAAGGGAAUACAGACCUUCCGGGUGUGUUCUUGGGAAAGGCAGUAAGCCAACUAACUAAUAUUUAUUGAGGACCUACUUUAGGGUAGCUUGUCAGGGAAUCUUGGUUCUUCCCAAGAAAUAGAUUUUCUUUCAGGGAGACAUAAUUCAUUUGUUUCCACCACAGCAGAUUUUUAAAAAUUAUAAUAUGUAAUAUUUGAUAUCUAUAAAGAAUAUAUGUAACAAAUAAAUUAUGAAGCAUAAUAAUAAAAUGAGUACCUAUGACCCA